UGCGCCCUGGGGCGUGUGCUGGCUCAGGCGCAGCCUCCAUCAUCCCCACAGUCCCAGCCUGCGUCUUCAUGCCUCUAGACUCUCGUGCUCUCGAUUCUCUGCCCUGAUCCUCACUGGGGUGUGGAUUUCAGCAAGAAUACAAGAUGGAAAAGUAGGGUCUCAGGUGGGUGGUGCUGCUCUGCGUCUAGGUCUGGGGGCAGAGGCACAAGAAGAAAACUCCCCAGGCCUGUAGGAUUAGAACCUGGCUGGGGACUCAGCACCUAAAAGGGCCAUGCAGAUGCUGUCUGGCUUCAUUAUGCUAACUUCUGAGGCCAGAAGACGAGCUGGGGGUCUUAGGGGCAGAGCUCUCUGCAGGGACCUAGCUGAAGAUUAAGAGUCACCUCUAAGGCUAAAGAGGUGGCAGAUUGAGCCUCCCACCACAGGACUGUCCAUCCUGACGUAGAAGUGACAUGUCACAGAGGGUGGAGCAGCCGCUGUGGUAGGAAAUGUCCCAGCUUGGCUCUGCCUUCUGGGGUGUGAGUAACACACUGAAACCAGAAGCUGUGGGCUGUGCGGAAGUGGAUGCAUUCCCACCCAAGGGAUCCUGGACUUUGCCAGACUUUGGGGUUGAGGGGAGCCACUAGCACCAUCCCAGAGCUGUCAGCCCCAGCCUCAGCCCUGGCGGCUCUCCCCCUGACCUUCCUGCACACUGAUGCUCUCCAACCUCAGACCUGAGACAGGGCUGGACAAGGAAGCUGAGAGCAGGAGAAAAGCAGAAGCGAAGCUCAGAUCUGCUGGGAGGAGGCUCCACGUUGUCCCCUGCUGGGGUCUUGCACAGCUGCAGGUGACAUCCACGCUGCAGGAAUGACGGCCAGGGCCUGGGCCUCGUGGUGGCCUUCAGCUCUGCUCCUCCUCCUUGUCCCAGGCUGUUUUGCUCUGAGCGGCCCCCGCACCAUGGCGGGCCCCCUGGGGGGAUCCCUGAGCGUGCAGUGUGGGUAUGAGGAGGAACACAGGACUCUCAACAAAUACUGGUGCAGAGUACGGUGGACUAUUGGAUGUGCCAAGAUUGUGGAGACCAAAGGGUCAGCAGGAAAACUGAGGAACGGCCGAGUGUCCAUCAGGGACCGUCCUGCAAACCUCAGCUUCACAGUGACCCUGGAGAAUCUUACAGAGGACGACGCAGGCGCAUACUGGUGUGGGGUAGAUUCACCAUUGCUCCAAGACUUUCACGAUCCCUUCAUCCAGGUCGAGGUGUCCGUAUUCCCAGCCCUGACAACCACAGCGUCUAGCCCUCAGAGCUCCAGGGGCACCUGGGGUCCUCCCACGAAGCUGCCCGUGCACACCUGGCCCAGCCCGACCAGAGAGGACAGCCCUGAUCCCAGCCCACGCCCUGGCUCCCUGCUCAGCAGCCCCCACUUCCUGCUCCUGGUCUUCCUGGAGCUGCCCCUGCUCCUGAGCAUGCUGGGUGCCGUCCUUUGGGUGAACAGGCCUCAGAGAAGCUCGAGAAGCAGGUGGAGUCGGCCGGAUGGUGAGAACCAGUAGCUUCAGCUGUCCAUCAAGGCCCUGUGCUGCGACAGAGCCCGUCUGUGGGACUUGAAUGACCUCCUGACCAUCCCUCCCAGGCUGCUCUCCCCGCAUCUCCUGGGAUUCUCUGCGAGCCUCCUCCAGCCUUUUCCUUGUGCCUGAUCUUCAUGUGUCGCGCGUGAACCUGAUGGACAUGGAUGCCCUAAGCUGUGACUCCACAUCUCAUGUGCACACCCCACCCAACUGAGCCUUGGGCUGUCACCAACACUUUUGAGUGCCCGGGUGCCCUCCUGGCUCCCUUCCAUUUCUCCAGGACACUGGCAUUGCUUCCUCCACCGUUUUCACAGGGAGAGGCAAGUCCCGGACUCCCCUGCACCUUCGCCACUGUAAGGGCCCACACUCCCUGGGUCCAGGAGUUCAGAAUAAGUGGCUGCUUCCAUUUGCUGAGUGUGUCGAUUCAAUGGUGCUGUCAAACGUUAAGAAAUGACAACUUGUAGGUUUGGCCCACUAAGUCAGACCUGAGUGAAAACUCCUUUGUUCCCCCAUCUCCACAGGCCCUUGCUGAGAAUAGUGGACCAAGCACCAUACUGGACUUCUCAGAAUGGGGGUCCCUGCAGAACAGGAUCCAGUAUUCCCCCAAAACCUGACUAUUCCCUCCUUCAGGUAGACACAUCCUGACCAGUGUCUUUAAGUCCAUUACGGGGGAUGACUCGCUGCCUGUCACCGUGUUCCCACAGCUCCCCGCUCAGCAGCCCCCACUUCCUGCUCCUGCUAGAGCUGGUAGAAGAUUCUCAGUGUGAAUUGUGGUGGCGUAACCAGGCCUACCCUUUCUCCUUCUUCAAGGGGACCUGACCUCUCCUUCAUUCCGGGGCUGUCGGUUUUAACUGGGGCAAAUUUGGAAAUGGAUUGAGGGCUAGGACUCCUUGAUGUGGUAGUUAACUGAGUCUCUUGCUCACUAGUGUAGACCACGUCUACCCCUACAGGCACCAUGUCCAGAGUGUGAUGAAUGCUGGGAAAAGAAAUUUGUUGGGUUUGGGGAGAGUGUGUGUGGGAGGGUGUUGGGGACAUUAUCUGGGACACUAUGACAAGGGAAGUUCUCGCAGAUCAGAGGACAUGAACGUGGAGAUCUGCAGGGUUGGGAGCCGGGUACUCUAGGGUCUGGAGGAAGAGGGUUCCAGGCAGAGGGGGGAGCGAGGCAAAUAUCCUGCAAGGAAGCCUGGGGACCCGGCCAGGCCAGGGCAGGGAGCAGCUGCUCUGGGCUUCAGUGGCCCCGGCCCUCUCUCCCUUGCAGUUCUGGCCAGAGUCUCAUCCUGUUUGAUGAUCCCAGUCUUCUGAGGAGCUGAGAGCCGAGAGCUGAGCUGGUCCUCUGUUCACUUCUUCAACAACCAUGAAUUUUACAGGCUGACGUUUGCAGCCACAGAGCAGGUGCCAAUUUCUCUGUGAAGAGGACAAGACAGGGCUCCUGCCUUAAUGGGAAAUACCGUAAGGAAAGGAGCAGGCAUUCAACAGAUAUCCAUCCAGUUUAUUGCCUGCACCUCUGAAGGGUGUGCUUCUGCUCAUGAAGGGUUUUCGUGGAGAUUCUUGUGGAUUCAGGUCCUACCAGGUCCCUGGGUGUCCCCUCACAUUGCUGCCCUACCUCACCCCACAGCCCUGUCUGAAGGCAAUUCUUAGGGUGAUAAUUAGAGGGCAUUUGUCUUACGUGUCUGGCUGCUAUGUCCAGGUUUGGUCUUUAUGUGGAUUUGUGUGGCCACAGUACCUUGGCACUAGGAAUAGGGGAAAGGUGGAGGGCACCAGGGCCUCCCCUGGGGAGGUGACUCACUGCCUGUCACUGUGUCCCCACAGGUCCCUGCUCAGCAGCCUCCAUGUCCUGCUCCUGAUCCUCCUGGAGCUACCUCUGCUCCUGAGCAUGCUGGGGGCUGUCCUGUGGGUGAACAGGCCUCAGAGAAACUCAGUGGGGAGGCAGAGUCAGCUGGGUUGUGAGAAACAGUAACUCCAAUGCCCAUCAAUGCCCUGCCAGGUAACACAGUCCCUCUUAUGUAUGGGAAUGGCCUUCUGACCAAUGCAUCCAUGUUUCUAGCAGAAGAUUUGGAGGCUUUUUUUUGAUAAUGCAUCAGACACACAAAAGAAUACAUGCACUUUAAACCAGGAAUACUCUUUAAUACGUGUGUGUCCACCAUCCAGUUUAAUAACAUAACAUCAUUAAUAUUCAUGAAGCCUCAAACCCCUUUCUGGUCUUAUGCAACUUAUUUUCUACUCUUCUCAGAAAACCACGUCCUACAUUUUAUUUGAUUUUAUUUUUUAUACAGAUGGGUCUCCCUAUGUUGCCCGGGCUGGAUUUGAACUCCUGGGCUCAAGCGAUUGUCCUGUCUCAGCCUCUGGAGCCCCUGGGACUAUAGGCAUGCACCACUACAAACCGGCUCACAUUCCAAAUUUUAUGUUCAUCAUCUUGUUUUAAGGGAUUUGCCACAUACAUGCAUAUGGAUUUCCAAAGGGUAUAUUAUUUAGCUUUGUUUAUUUUUGAACUUUAUGUAAAAAGUAUUAUGCAUUUUUAUUCCUAAGCAAUUGAAUUUUAUUAUUCAACACUUUAUUUUUGAGAUUCA